AAAGACAGAUAGGAGAGGCAGGGAUAUCUGAGCAGAAUUGUGUGUGUUUGAAAUUACCUUUUAGCAUCUGAACCAACCGAGCUGAAGAGAAGAAUACAGAAGGAGGGAGCUUAUUUAAAUUUCUCAGUCUAUUCCCAGGCUAAAGAGGGAGACAGAGCUCUUAUUAAAUCAGAGUCUCAGGGAGAAGGAACGGAAGUGUUUUCCUUGGAGAACAGCUCAUCUUUUCUCGUGUGUUUGCCGAGUCGUACUGGGUGAAAACAGAUGGACAAGAUGAACCACAGCUCAGCUGAAGCGGAGGCUGAGACCAUAGAACCACUACGUUACCUCAGCAAAGAAGAAAUGACAGCUAUCGAGACAGAACUACUGAGGGACUACAGAUUUGGACAACAGCAGCUGAUAGAAAUUUGGGGACAAGCCUGUGCCCUCGCCAUCACAAAGGCUUAUCCUCGCAGCUCUCUAACAAAGAAGCAGCCCACAGUGCUGGUGAUCUGUGGUCCGGAUCAAAAUGGCUCCAUAGGUCUGGUGUGUGCUCGACACCUGCGCAUAUUUGACUAUGAGCCCACAAUUUAUCACCCGAAACGUUCCUCUCACAGUCUGCACCAGGAUUUCACAGUUCAGUGUGAGAAGAUGGAUAUUCCCUUUCUCUCUUAUCUGCCUACAGAGGUGCAGCUCAUAAACGAUGCCUACAACUUAGUGAUUGAUGCCAUGCUGGGUCUCGAGGCAGACAAUUCCAACAUUAAGGAGCCAUAUUCCUGUAUUCUGGCCACCCUGAAGCAAAUCAAGAUUCCCAUCGUCAGCGUGGAUGUGCCCUCAGGUUGGGAUGUAGAAGAACCAAGCCAGGAUGGGAUCAACCCGGAUGUUCUCAUCUCUCUCAUAGCACCGAAGAAGUGCGCGUCAAACUUCUCUGGGAAGCACUUCUUGGCCGGACGCUUCCUGCCCUACGACAUUCAGAAAAAAUAUGAGCUUAAUCUCCCAGACUAUGCCGGCACAGACUGUAUUAUAGAACUGUAACAUGUGGAAACACAAGGGCCGGUUGGAGCCUUUUCUUGUUUGUAUUUUAUAGGUUGUUACUAUAUUUUAAUGUCAACAUUUCUGUUGUUUAGAUCCAAAUGCAAUUUAGCCAGAUGUGCUGUUGAGCUAGAAGGGUGAAAUUUAGAACCACAAUGUCUGUUUGAGAAACGGCGCGAGGAGUUUAGUGUCAGUCAACUUGUAAAAGUUGUAGCAUUACACUGUUUCCUAUCAACUAGAGUCACCAGAGGAUAAACGUUUUCUAUGAUGUCACUGAGGUUAAAAAAUAAAAAUCUUAAAAUUUGUUUCAACUUCUGUUGCUUUUAAGUUUACCUUAUUUCUUGAAUGUGCUGUUUAAUUAACAUCAU